AUGGUGUCCUCUCUGAAGGAGGACACCUGUGCCCUGAAGGAGGCGUUUCUCCGAUUUGCGGACAAGAACCAGAAGUACUCCAAUAUUGUGGUGGAGUCUCUACAAUGGGGCUAUGACGGCUUUGGAGGAGGAGAGGAGGCUGAAGGACUCCACCAUCAGAGGUUUGUACAAAGAAAAAUGGAGGAGAACCUUCUCUGUAAAGAGAGGAACCUUCGGAGGCAGGCAGAGAGUCAGAGCAGGAUCCUGGAGGCUCUGAACGACGCCAACAUGGGCUUGGAAGCCUUAAACCACAGGAUGAAGAUACUGGGGGCCAUGAACUCUCGUCUGCAUGACGAUGAAGAUGAAGACAUCAAAGAAGAACUGCAGACCAGGACUCAUCUCUGUUCCAUAAACAGAGACAUCAGAGUCACAGCCACUGGAUAA